CCCGUUCAUCCAAAAUUUCAAGCAUUCAUUCAUCACUUAUAUAAGUCUCCUUUCAUAACACCUUAUUUUCCACUUCAAAUUCAUCACUUCCCAAUACUCCAACCUUUAACAUCUGCAACAGAUACCUUAUUUUCCACUUCAAAUUCAUCACUUCCCCACACUCCAACCUCUAGCAUCUGCAACAAUGGCUUCCCCUCAUGAAUCUUCAACUCUCGACCUCAUCCGUCAACACCUUCUCAUCGACGACUUAUCUUUCCUUCAGAAAUACUCUCUUUCCCACAAAUCACACAUCGUUUCUCCCACUCAUUCGUCUUCUUCCCAAUCCUCUUCUCUUGAUAGCCUUCUUGUUAACAAGUCUGUUUCCAGCGAAAGUGGUGUGAGUAAUGGUAACAACAACAGCUUAAAAGAAAGAAAACCGUCUUUAAAAAAGCUUUCCAUUCCGUUUCCUCCUCCGCCGGUGGUGGCGCCGGUGAAAGUGGACGACGUCGACGAGAGGAGACAUUACAGAGGAGUGAGGCAACGACCAUGGGGGAAAUUUGCGGCGGAGAUUCGCGACCCCAACAAGAAAGGAACCAGGGUAUGGCUAGGAACGUUCGACAGCGCCAUCGACGCCGCGAAGGCGUAUGAUAGAGCGGCGUUUAAACUUCGUGGUAGUAAGGCUAUUUUGAAUUUCCCACUGGAUAUUGGGUAUGAAGAGGAAGCGGCGGAGGCACCGGCGGCGAGGAGUAGCUGCCGGAAAAGAGUUGUCAGAGAGACGGAAACGGUGGAUAUGGAAAGCCAAAAGGUUCCGAAAGUUGAGCCGGUAACGGAAGAACCUGUCGCCGUUAAGACGGACGCUGGUGUUGGGCCGUUAACUCCGUCAUGUUGGACGGCCGUUUGGGAUUUUGGGGAGGGUAACGGAAAGGGGAUCUUUGAGGUGCCGCCGUUAUCACCUUAUCCUAAUAUAAACUUUUCGUCUGGUUGUAUCGUCAGUUAAAGAACUUUUAACGGCGCUUACUAAAUCUAGAACCCCAAAUGGCGGCUAACUAUGUAUAUACAGAAAAGGAAACAUUUUGCUUAGUAUUCAUUAAAUUUGUUGAUUUGUUUGUUCUUUUACGCGAGAAAAGUUAGAAGGUAUUUCAAAAAAUUUCAUUAUAAAUAAAUAUUCAAUUUAUGUUUAA